CAAACGAAACAGAAACCACUUUGGUUAUUCUUCAUUUCCGCUUCUAUUUACCACUUCGCCCUCUUUACGUCCCAAGGAAAACACAAACAAAAAGGUGAUAUUAUCAUCUGUAAAGGAAGAAGGGGAAAGGAGAAGCAGGAGGAGGAGAAGAAGGUGGAGGGGAGAGGAAGAAGAAGCUUAAAGUUUUUUAAGCUUUAAGUCAUUCUUGUUUGUUUCUUUUAGAUGAUGUUGUUUCUCUCUGCUCCCCCGAGAGAAAGAAACAAAACAACAGACACCAUUUCUUUUGGAUCUUUCACAUGCCCAACACCUCUUUUCCUCUGUUUUUGAUGCAAUCAUCGUUUAAGAUACAAACAAAUUUUUGUUGACAUGAACGCUCGAGCAGUAUUUUCCACCCAUAAAACCUAAUAACAACGAUGAACCCACGCGCCGUUUUCUUGAAUUCCCGUCCGUAGCCUGCCGUUCAUUGACUUCCUCGUUUCUUUUUCUUGAUUGAAAAUCGUACGUUUUUUUUUUUUGCCUUAAAUUCUUCUUUCUUUAAUUGCUAUGGGCGAUCUUCAGGUUUGCUCGUCGGCGCAGCGAAACAAUGACGUGCCAAGAGAAGGUCGCCCGUGCCACCUACCGUUUACGGCUUCAAAAGAAGGAUAUAAUUCUUCGUCGAUUCCGGAUGAGAGUUGGAAAAGAGCAGAGCAAGCGACCUGUGAGAUUGUUUGUAAGAUUCAACCCACUUUGGUUGCAGAUGAGAAGAGAAGACAGGUUCUAGAUUAUGUUCAAGGACUAAUCAGAAAUUCUCUUGGAUGCGAGGUCUUUCCAUAUGGAUCAGUUCCACUCAAAACGUACCUUCCUGAUGGAGAUAUUGACUUGACUGCUCUUUGCAAUCCAACGAUUGAGGAGACCUUGAUCUCUGAAAUUCAUGCUGUUCUGAGGGGAGAAGAACAAAGGCAAGAUGCGAGAUUUGAGGUGAAGGAUGUUCAUUGCAUUGAUGCUGAGGUGAAGCUUGUGAAAUGCCUUGUGCAAAAUAUCGUGAUAGAUAUAUCAUCAAAUCAGUUGGGAGGACUUUGUACGUUAUGUUUUCUUGAACAGGUCGAUCUUCUUGUUGGGAAAGACCAUCUCUUUAAGUGCAGCAUUAUUCUAAUAAAGGCUUGGUGUUACUAUGAGAGUCGAAUCCUUGGUUCUCACCAUGGUUUAAUAUCAACAUAUGCUUUGGAGACACUAAUCCUGUAUAUCUUCAAUCUCUUUCAUUCUUCUUUGAAUGGUCCUCUAGCGGUUCUGUAUAAGUUUUUAGAUUACUUCAGCAAGUUUGAUUGGGAGAACUACUGUGUCAGUAUAAAUGGACCAGUUUGUAAAUCUUCUCUUCCUCGUAUAGUGGCUGCUGAGGUUCCAGAAAAUGGGGGUAAUGAUCUAUUGCUGAGUGCAGAAUUUAUCAAAGGAUGUGCUCAAAUGUUCUCUGUUCCACCAAAGGGGGAUGAGACAAAUCCACGAGCAUUCUCCCAGAAGCAUCUCAAUAUAAUUGAUCCAUUGAGAGAAAACAACAAUCUUGGACGAAGUGUUAACCGAGGAAACUUUUUUCGGAUAUGUAGUGCAUUUAAAUAUGGUGCCCGCAAGCUUGGUCAGAUCCUUCUGUUACCAAGAGGAAGAAUUGCAGAUGAGCUCAAGAAAUUCUUUGCAAACACUUUGGAAAGGCAUGGAAGCAAUCACUGGGCAGUGUCUGGUCAUGAAGAUUCUGGUUGUUCAUCUCCAUCCUUUUCGGAUAUAUCUUCCGGAGACACUAUGCUUCUAAAGCGAUUGACUGAUGGCUCUGUUGAGAAAACAUCAGUAGCCCAAGUUGUGUCGGGAUUUGGUAAUGGGCCAGAAAUAUAUUCAUCGAAAGUAGUUUCCUCGCAGGUGUUGCAAGAAUUAUGCCAUUUUGCAGAUGGAAAUUUUGGGUGUUGUUUCACUGGGCCUGCCAGGGAGAUUAUGACCUCUAGAUCUGUAGAUUUGAGAAGCAAAAACGAAUCAGCUGAUUAUUUGUCUCAGGAUCUACCUCAGUUAUAUUUCUCCGGAUUUCUCAGAGUAAAUGGAAAUACUGAAAAUGGGAACUCAUGCCAAAGCAUGCCACAAAUACCUGUUGCUUCUGGUUUUAUGUUUUCAGCUCAAUUACAAAAUAAUAAUCCUUGGAAAACUACCCAGCAAAAUUUGCCACUGAAAGAGAAUGUCUCUUCUCAAAAGGACAGAAAUGAUAUUUCAGGAGCUGAAUCUGACCAUAAUCAUCAUGCAUGUAAAAAUAGACCAUCAUCAGGGAGAGGAAGGUUUCAGGGAGAAGGGGCUCAGGGUCAGCAAAAGACUCUAAAUAAUGGACCGUCUGUAGCGCCAGAAGAGAAGAAUCUGUUAGUAGAAGGUGUCCACGAGCUGUCAAAGGAAGAGUAUCCAGCUCUGGAAAAUGGGAAGUCAAGAUCAUCAGAUAUGCAUAAUCAUAGGACUUCCACUUGGGGUCCUUUGAAUGGUACUAAUGGCCACUCUCACUUGUCAGGCAGACAUGAGACGAGGACUCCUGACACUCAGCCAAGGGAAGCAAAAUUAGCAGGAGGAGGAGGUAGUGUACAGAUGGAUUCUUCAGGCAGCAACUCUUGGGUGUCUUCAUCAAGUCACACGGUAGCAGCAGCAACAGCAGCAGAGACACCUGCCAAAAGCAGUAGUGCAAGUACGGUGGAUCAAUCGUACCAUCUGAUGAAUGAAACUGAUUUCCCUCCUCUGUCACUAUGAAAGGUGGUUUUGGAACUGACUGAAAGCCUUUGGAAACUAAAUUUCCCAGCUGGAAGAAAUGCUUUUUACUUCUUCAUCCUCUUCUUUUUGUCUGCAUUUCAAUCUUUACCUCCGAGGUGGUUUGUUCUGAGUGUGGCUGUGGGGGUUACAGAAUACUUUUUUUGACUUUUGUACAUUUUGAUCUGGGUGUUUGUAUACCUGCGUAUAUGUUGGCUGUCAUGGAGUGGAUUUUAGCUUCUUUUUCCUUCCCCCCCCCCCCCCCCUCUCUCUUUAUAUGUAGUGAAUUUUCAUGUAGAGAACAGGAAAGGUUUGUGUAGAUAUUCCUCUGUGGAAGCAUGCAAAUUUGCUUGUAUUGUUGAUGAAAAGUUUUAGCUCGUUGCAGCUGAGAAAUGUAAAAAAAACAAAAAACAAAAGAAAGAAAAAAAAAAACAACGAAGUAGAUUUCUUUUUUGGGAAUA